UAGUGUUGACCUUGGCCAUGGUCUUGCAAUAUUAGAUUUGAGUUAGUUUGUGAAAAUUCGACGCAUUGUGUGCCACGCUGAUUUUUAUUUCCGACGCUUUUAGUUCUAAAGCUUGACUGUGUAGGCAGACUUUUGAAAGAUGAAGUUCCUACUGUUAGCCCUCUUCCUCAACAGCACUGAGUACGGAUACUCAAAUGACUUAGUAGUGGUUAAAAAUGAUGGAAAACAUAUUUCUUAUGGUGCUUCAAAAUUAGAGUGCCAUCAUAGACCCGAAGGUAUUCAAUGUUUGGGUAAUACUUUACCAUACUCUUCAUUUUCGAAUAGGUUAGUUAAUAAAAAAUUCGGAGAUUUUGAAGAUGCAGAGGAAAAACUACAAGAACUAGAAACCGCAGCAAGAUUCUACCGAGAAUGCUGGCAAGUGAUCCAACCAAUGCUGUGUUCAGUCUUCAAGCCUCCUUGUCACCUAACAACAACUUUAUUAGAAUCCUAUAAAGAAAGCCUCAAAAAACCAUGUCGCUAUUUGUGUACCGAAGUUGAAAAUCACUGCGAAGAGUUGAUGAGCAGCGAAGUUUGGCCAGAGUUCCUCACCUGUGACAACAACGACAUCUUCGGGGACAAAGACUGCGUGAAUCCUUUGGAAAGCUUCGAGUGGAACGACGAGAGCGAGUGUCCUGAGUACCUGGUUCCAUCAUCGAUCCGCACUGAUGCCUUAGCAGAGUUCCCGGGCUGCAGAAUUGGUUGUCACGACCCCUUCUACUCGGACGAGGAGCACCUUCAGAUGCGUGUUACCAUCUUCUGGUUAUCGACAAUCUGCGCUUUGAUCAACAUCCUGUCAAUCCUGACCUACAUGAUCAACUGGGACUCAGGAACCUACCCAGACCGCGCUCUAUAUAAUCUCAACUGGAGCUCCUUGCUCUUCUGCGCCGGGUGGCUCCUCCAGUUCUUCCCGUUCUCUUUCGAUGACAUAGUCUGCAACUCGGACGGCUCUCUGAGGACAUUUCAGUCUUUGUUGACAUUGAAAACUGUCAAAGACCUGCCUUGUCUGGCCACCUUCGCCCUGAUCUACUACUCGACGAUGGCAAUGGCUAUGCGGUUCUUGAUCCUCUCCUUCAUCUGGUUCAUGAAGCUUGAAACUAUCAACCGGAAGUCUGAUAAAAUCAGCGAACUGUUUGAUGUUAUUGGCUGCGGGUCACUUUUGCAGAGACCUAUUAUCGGAUUGUUUGCCAGAAGCCAGAGAAAUCUAGCUUUAAGUGGCUUAAUUUCUUCUUCGUGGCAGUGAUAUACUCGGUUAUUAUAUAUGGGAAUCUUGAUGGAAGCGGUCUUACUGGGAUCGCUUUUAAGGGGCUUGAUUAUGAUCGGACAAACAUGUGGUUGUCUGUUAUGACCUUUGUUGUGGGCUUUGUAUCCUGGGGGCUUUACUAUUUCCGUCGUGGUAAGUUGCAGGACUC